AGCAAUGGGAGGCGGUACAGGGACCCAGGUCACACUGUGGGCCAGCAGCAGCAGCGUGACCAGGCGGUACGGGGGCCCAUGGCCGAUUUGGGGCCUGGCAGCACCUAUGGAGGCCUUUAAUCUGCCAGCAACCUAUGACAAAAUGGAAAACCGCAGGAGUGUGAGGAGACCUCAAAGUGGCACAUGGUAGAGUGGGAGCAAUGGGAGGCGACCUGAAAGUGGCACAUGGCAGAGUGUGGCGAUGGAGACAGCAGCAAUGGGAGGCCGUACAGGGACCCAUGAGAGACUCUGGACCUGGCAGCAGCAUGA